GCUGGGCUUCAUGUCACAGUGGAGCGCGAUCGCUAACCGGUACGCGGCCCUCUGCCCGCCCGGUUGGCCCUGGCCGCCGACGUCCCAUCGUAUGCCUUUCCAUAGCCCAAACAAUGAUAACCUGACGAACGCGAUCGAAAACCAGUCACCAUCGCUGACACCACCGCCUUCGCAACAAUCGAAGUCACCUUCGCCCCACCCGGCCUUCCUGGGCGGCCGGACGGGCUGUGGCGGUGGGGCGGGCAGCGGGCAUGCCGUCGGUGUCGGCCAGGGCCACGGGCAGGCCGGUCACGUCCAGGGUCCAGGUACUGGCCCCGGUGGGAACGGACUCAGCAAUGGCGGUGGCGGUGGCGGUGGCGACGACUGCGAGUCGGACGACGACGGCCAGGAGAUCAUCGAGGAGGACGACGAGAGCGACCGGCCGUCGGACUCGGCCUCGCCCAACUCGAACGGGGGCGCGAUGCAGGCGAAGCGCAAGAAGAAAACCCGGACGGUGUUCUCGCGCGCCCAGGUCUUCCAGCUCGAGUCCACCUUCGACCUGAAGCGGUACCUCAGCUCGUCCGAGCGGGCCGGACUGGCCGCGUCGCUGCGGCUGACCGAAACGCAGGUGAAGAUUUGGUUCCAGAAUCGGCGGAACAAGUGGAAACGUCAGCUGGCGGCCGAGCUGGAGGCGGCCAACAUGGCGAACAUGGCGCACGCGGCCCAGCGGCUGGUGCGGGUGCCGGUCCUUUACCACGAGGGCGCCACCGGUGGCUUCGUGCCGCCCCCGCCCCACUCGCACGCCCAGCAACUCUACUACACCACCGGGCCGGCCGGACGGGCCGGAUCACCGCCCCGGCCACCGCUUUCGUCGCUCGUGUAA